AGCAAUCUUUUUGAUCUUCUAAUCGGCGUAUCAAUCACUAUCAUCACAAAUAUUUUUCAAAACUUCUACUGAUUUUAAAUUUAAUACACAAUUUGGCGACCCACUUUCUCUCUCCAAAAUCAAAAUUACAGAAAGCACGCAGUUCAUGUGUGUAUGUGUGUGUGUUUUUUUUAUAAAACGAAUAAUAAAGAGUAUAUGCCAUUGAUUCGAAAUUGGUUCUUGGCAGACAUUCUGUAAUGCUCCUUCAUAACACCCUCCAGUUUCUUUUCAUCAUCUUUUGACCAGCAUACACAUAUCUUUUCUAUUUCUGCAUUCAUUAAGUUUUUUUAAUUCGGUUGAUCCUUGUUCAGAGAUUUUGGUUUAACUAAACCCUAGUUUUGUCUUUACUUCUGUUCUUAGUAGUUUGUUUUAUUCUGAAUAUGAUGACGAAAUGCAUGAUUUCGAUGUUUUGACAGCAAGCAUUUUCUCUCAACUGUUACAUGCCUUUCGAAGAUCAAAUCCAGAAAAGAAACGACAUACUAGCGUAAUCGACAAUAAAAUGUCUAAUCUAUCGAAGUAAAUCUGAUUGAUUCUUCCCGAUUGUGAAUCGACUUUGAGUCUGAAGCAAAAGGUCCAAAAUGGGCACAGAGAAGCAGCCUGUUGGUAUACUAGACACCAUCAACAUGGAAACAGUUCGGACAAUUUUAACCCAUAAAUACCCCUACCCCCAUGAGCAUUCACGCCAUGCCAUAAUCGCAGUAGUUGUGGGCUGUUUAUUUUUCAUUUCAUCAGACAACAUGCAUACACUGAUUCAGAAGCUCGACAAGAACAUCAAAUGGUGGUCAAUCUACGCCUGUUUACUUGGUUUUUUCUACUUCUUUUCCUCUCCAUUUGUGGGGAAGACAAUGAAACCAAGCUAUUCAAAUUUCAGUAGAUGGUAUAUAGCGUGGAUAUUAGUAGCAGCUUUAUACCAUCUUCCAAGUUUUCAGUCAAUGGGAGUUGAUUUGAGGAUGAAUCUUUCUUUAUUUUUGACAAUAUUCAUCUCCUCUGUUUUUGUUCUCCUUGUUUUUCAUUUAGUAUUCAUUGGGCUUUGGUAUAUUGGUCUUGUUUCUCGUGUGGCUGGAAGAAGACCCGCUUUCUUGACUAUUUUCCAAAAUUGUGCUGUAUUAAGUGUGGCCUGUUGUGUAUUUUAUAGCCACUGUGGUAAUCAUGCUUUGAAUGAAAGAUCAUUUGGAAGAAAAGACUCUGGCUUUUUUUCACUUUGGAAUAAAGGAGAAAGAAAUGCAUUGUUAGCAAAGUUUCUAAAAAUGUAUGAAUUCAAAGAUGAAGUAUGUAAAUCUUGGUUUGCUCCAGUUGGAUCUGCACGUGAUUAUCCACUUCUCUCUAAGUGGGUUAUCUAUGGAGAAUUUUCUUGUAGUGGUUCAUGUGAGUCAUCGGAUGAAAUUUCUCCAAUAUAUUCAUUAUGGGCGACUUUUAUUGGUCUCUAUAUUGCUAAUUAUGUUGUUGAAAGAUCAACAGGAUGGGCUCUUACACACCCUCUCUCAGUUAAAGAAACUGAGAAGUUGAAGAACAAACAGAUGAAGCCUAAUUUCUUGGAUAUGGUUCCUUGGUACUCCGGGACAUCAGCUGAUUUAUUCAAGACAGUUUUUGACCUUCUUGUAUCUGUAACUGUAUUUGUUGGAAGAUUUGAUAUGCGCAUGAUGCAGGCAGCAAUGAGUGGUGGGCAUGAAGGGGCAAAACAGGAAGAUUUUCUUUAUGAUCAUUUUAGUGAAAAGGAAGACUUUUGGUUUGAUUUCAUGGCUGAUACUGGUGAUGGUGGGAACUCUUCAUAUUCUGUUGCUAAACUUCUUGCUCAACCUUCACUUUGUGUUUGGAAUGAUGGUCAUUUGACCAAAUUACCCCGUGGGGACCUUCUUCUUAUUGGAGGUGACCUUGCGUACCCUAAUCCAUCAGCAUACACUUAUGAAAAGCGGUUUUUUCGUCCUUUUGAGUAUGCUCUUCAGCCACCUUCAUGGUAUAAAGAAGAACAUAUAGCUGUAAAUAAGCCUGAAUUACCCUCUGGUGUGUCUGAACUCAAACUAUAUGAUGGCCCACAGUGUUUUGUUAUCCCUGGAAACCAUGAUUGGUUUGAUGGGCUUCAAACAUUCAUGAGAUACAUUUGUCACAAAAGCUGGUUAGGUGGAUGGUUAAUGCCCCAAAAGAAAAGCUACUUUGCAUUACAAUUACCAAAAGGGUGGUGGGUAUUUGGUCUUGAUUUAGCCCUUCAUUCAGACAUCGAUAGUGAUCAAUUCAAGUUCUUCACAGAGCUAAUACACAAAAAGGUUAAAGAAAAUGAUUCGGUGAUCAUUAUGACGCAUGAACCAAAUUGGCUACUUGAUUGGUAUUGGGAUGACGUGACUGGAAAAAACGUGUCACAUCUUACACGCGAUUAUUUGAAAGGGAGGUGUAAACUUAGAAUCGCUGGAGACUUGCAUCAUUACAUGAGACAUUCUUAUGUCGCAUCUGAAAUUGAAAACCCUAAUUCUGUGAAUGUCCAACAUUUGAUUGUGAAUGGGUGUGGAGGCGCGUUUUUGCAUCCUACACAUGUGUUUAGUGAUUUUAAACAAAUAUAUGGAACGACAUAUGAAAAUAAAGCCUCGUAUCCAUCCAUUCAGGAUUCCAGUCGUAUUGCACUUGGGAAUAUAUUGAAGUUCCGAAAGAAGAACUGGCAGUUUGACUUCAUUGGUGGAUUCAUAUACUUCAUUUUGACCUUUUCAAUGUUUCCAUUGUGUAAGCUAGAUCAUAUCCUACAGGCUGACACGUUUUCUGGGCAUGUAAAGAGUUUUUUUAGCACAGUUUGGGAUAUUUUUAUGUACAUGGUUGGAGAAUCAUAUGUAUCUUCUAUGGGUUCGAUCUUAUUAUUAGUAGCUGCAAUCUCAUUUGUCCCUUCAAAAGUGUCACGAAAAAAGAAAAUUGUAAUUGGAGUUCUUCAUGUUUCUGCACAUCUGGCUGCAGCUUUGGUUCUUAUGUUGUUAAUGGAGCUUGGUGUUGAAACUUGCAUCAGACAUAAUCUCUUGGCAACUUCAGGUUAUCACUCGUUAUAUGAGUGGUAUAGAUCAGUGGAGAGUGAACAUUUCCCGGAUCCAACGGGUCUUAGGGCACGUAUAGAGCAAUGGACCUUUGGGCUUUAUCCAGCGUGUAUUAAAUAUCUUAUGUCAGCUUUUGAUGUUCCUGAGGUGAUGGCUGUAACGAGGACUAACAUAUGCAAAAACGGAAUGGAUUCUCUGUCUAGAGGGGGUGCGAUUAUAUACUACGCAUCUGUUUUCCUUUACUUUUGGGUGUUUUCGACUCCUGUGGUUUCUCUUGUGUUUGGAAGCUAUUUGUAUACUUGUAUCAAUUGGCUUCACUUGCAUUUUGACGAGGCCUUUUCCUCUCUACGCAUUGCUAAUUACAAGUCUUUCACUCGCUUUCACAUCAAGGAUAAUGGAAAUCUUGAAGUUUUCACUCUCGCAGUUGAUAAAGUUCCCAAGGAGUGGAAGGUGGAUUCGGAGUGGGAUAACGAGUUCAAACAAAUUCAGCAGCUGAAUCACUACAGAAAGUAUCCAAGUAAAUGGAGGGCGAAUGCUUAUAAUCAGGAUCCAGUUAAUACUGUUCGAAUUGUUGAUCGUUUUGUUAUUCAAACAUGUAAAGAAGAAUUAGGAGUAGCAAAUGGAAAUGGAAAUGUUUCUCAUUGAUCAAGUUUAUCUGUAAGCUUAGAAAGUUAGAAAUAGAAUAUGAUCAUUAGAAUGUAAAGUGUAGUAGUUAUGGUUGUUCAAUUUUAUUUCUUCAA